UUCACAAGUGAAGAUGCUGCUGCUCCUCUGUGAGGAAGCCUGUGAGCGGCUGUUUCUUGACAUACUGAUGAACUUCUAAGAAGACAGAAGAACCAAGGACGGGAGUAAUAGCUACUGAGUCUCACACACAGAAGCUGCUCUGAAGGAAUAGAUUCACCGCUGAAGAAACAACGCGUUUUGACUUUAUAUCUGACUUCAUGCGCAGAGCUGGAGAGCUUGAGGUUACCGUUGUUCUUUCUGUUCUUCGAUUGACUGGAAACGCUGCUAUUCUUCGCAUUGAAAGAUUAGUUUUCUUUUCAUUAGUAAAUAAUUGUAGCACAGUAAAUUCAUUUCACUUUAUCUAAACCAUUCUGUGUUAGCUGUUCAGAUGAGACUGUCAAUUAUACGCGUGUCUCCAAACGAGGACGCACGGAGAUCGAACAGGGAUCGAGAUUAUUUUCUCUCGUCCGAUCUCUUAUAUUUAAUGCCGCUUCGCUAUAAAUGACACCAAAUUACAAUUUUUCUAAAUUCCCCGAGUUCAAAACCGUAGUAGAAAAAAGGAUCCAACUUCGUGAAGUUUUAGUUUUUUCGGGCUUUGUUGUAAUUUAGCAGAGGUUGGUGCACAGCAGUCAGCGUCACAAAAAGACUUAUGUUUUUUAGGGGGGUAAAAACUGUUCUACGAAGUGGCAACUCUUUUUAAUUAAAAAGCAGUGAUCCGUGACUUGACGCAUUGCCCAGGACUGUAUGCCUAAAAUGGACUUGGUUGAGCUGCCGUGGAGGAUGCAAGGGAGCUAUCGUUUGGAAACAACACAGGGACAAAACGAAAGCAACUAAGACUCCUGGAAAGCUAAUCCCAGCAUGGCCUCGGUUCUGGAGAACGGCUGCUCCAUGGAGCUGAGCGGCUGGAACAGCAGUGCGAGCAGCGCCGGAGCCUCCGUGCCCUGCAACCAGAGCAUCCUGAAGCUCGCCCCUUACUCCCCUGAAGCCACGGCGGUCUUCGCCACCGCCAUAACUUUGAUGGUCCUCUUCACCAUCGUGGGGAACAUCAUGGUCAUCAUCGCCGUGCUGACCAGCAGGUCUCUCAGAGGACCGCAGAAUCUGUUCUUAGUGUCACUGGCUGCUGCAGACAUUUUAGUGGCCACACUCAUCAUCCCCUUUUCUCUGGCCAAUGAGCUGCUGGGCUACUGGUACUUCAAGUCUCUGUGGUGUGAGAUCUACCUGGCGCUGGAUGUGCUCUUCUGCACCUCCUCCAUUGUGCACCUGUGCGCCAUCUCACUGGACCGCUACCUGUCCAUUUCCAGGGUCACUUACGGGCGUCAACGCACUCCCAAACGCAUCAAAGCCGCUAUUGUGGUGGUGUGGCUCAUCGCUGCCAUUAUCUCCUUCCCCCCCUUGCUGUCACUGAACAAACGCGAGGCAGGGGAGGAGGGGAGUGAGAGAGGACCCCAGUGCCAGUUGAAUGAUGAGCGCUGGUACAUCCUUUACUCCACCAUGGGCUCCUUCUUUGCUCCAUGCCUCAUCAUGAUCCUGGUCUACAUAAGAAUCUACCAAAUUGCCAAACAGAGAACGCGUUGCCCGCCAGGAGAGCCAAGGAAAGAUGGGGCCAGCUGUGCUACACCAAGUCAGAUUCCACGGCAUGUACAAGCCAAUGGGAAGGAUGAUGAAGAAAUCACACCGCCUUCAUCGAACAAAACCUCCCGUGCCAGACCCCCCACCCUCGCCAUCACCCCUUCUCCUUCCUCAGGAGACACUCAUAGCUCCCAAAAUCCCACUUCCAAAAAUCUCCUGCAACCUCCAUCCCCUUCUCUAGCCAUGACCCCUGUCACAACCUCCCUUGAUACCUCUCUGCGUGGCCCCUCAGCUCCUGCCAAGACUAAAGAGAAGGGGAAGAAGGGCAAGGGAGGGAAAAAAGCUGACAAUAACAAUGGCGACAGCUCAAGCACAGAGAGCGAUAUGGAGCACAGCCACGGAGGAGACCGAGGCAGCACCAGCAUGCCAGGGUCACCUGCAGGAGGGGGGGUCCACUCCCCGGCCUCAGCCAAACGCUACCGAGAUAUGAUGGCCACUUCAAAGGGAUCUCGGUUGGUGCCAGGGAGGAAGUCAAAGACAGAAAACAACCCUGGAGCGGCGAGGCGUAAAGCAAUGGUCAACAGAGAGAAGCGCUUCACCUUUGUACUGGCGGUGGUCAUCGGUGUGUUUAUGGUGUGCUGGUUCCCCUUCUUCUUCUCCUACUCUCUACAGGCAGUGUGCCCGGAGACGUGUGCCAUCCCUGAUCCACUCUUCACGUUUUUCUUCUGGAUCGGUUACUGCAACUCCUCACUCAACCCAGUUAUAUACACUAUCUUCAACAAAGACUUCAGAAAGGCCUUCAAAAAGAUAUUGUGCAGCACCACCAAGGGUACUUUCUUUUAGCAGACAAAUCUGCUGUACAGGACCUGGACACAGAAAAAUGCUAUUUCUGAGGCAUAACAAAUCAAUCAUUUCUAUUUUUCAGAAAACUCAAAGGGCUGUUUAAAAAAAACUAUGAAGUGUGGAAAUUCCAGCAUUAAAUUCAGAACUGAGAGACACUCUUUUACAGCCACAGUGUGCGCAAACAGUCAACUUGGACUGUGAAAUCCCUGCUUGCAGCAGAUACGCACAUAUUUUUACAUAGUGUGGGAUGAGACAGGACAAAGAAUAGAGGCAGCAAUAGACACUUAACUGCUUAGCACUUCAGUAUUGCUGAUAAGAUUUUGAUUGCAAAGUUUUAUCUCCAGAUCACAUUGAAUAAUGGAUAACGCUGGGACACAGGGUGGUGCAGAAUAAGAAAUGUACACACUCUCUAUAAAACUGAGGGAAGAAGAAAAUAAGAUAAGUAACUCCUGAAUCAGAAUAUAGACAGUUUAAUGUAUUAUAUUUAAGGUUUUGUCGUUAUUAAAUACUCCAGGAUUAAUGGUGAAAGAAAAUAAAUAUAAAGAAGAAAAAGUGACCUUUGAUUCCUGUGAGCCUCGGGCCAUUUAUUUAUCAAUAAACAGCACAAGGAACACACAAGGUUAGUGGUGAUUUCUUACGUUUGCAGUCUUAAUUUGCCCAGCUGCCGGGCAAACAUGUGUUCCUCGAUUUUUAUCUAAAGUCGCAACAACAAGAGAAGGUUCUGACUACUUCAAAUGUGAUAGCACAAACAAUGACACCCUUUCAAACUGAACUUGUGGGCUUUUUAUAAGGAAAGCCUGCAGUCACCUUGCUCAUGGCUUGGUGUGGGUCAUAAGAGACACUCAGGUCGUUUGUAAUGAAACUCUUGGCUUUCCCCUUUCUUGACAUACAGAAUAAGCUGAAGUGUGGGGGAUUUUGGACUACAUGUAUGUUAUUGAGAUGUAAAAGUAAAACAGUUUGACCCUACUCAUCCUCUUUGCUUGCUGUUUCCUACUUUUUAACUUACCCUGGACUAUCACACCAAUGGACUGGGAAAAAAAUCUAAACAGUUUUUAGCCCCUUGAAAGUGCUUCAGAGGUCGUUCACAGUAUCUAACAGGGGUUGCCUCUGCUGAAGACUGAAAAAAACUAGAUUCUUAUUAUACAACAUUAUUUUCCAGAAACCUGAUUAAGCAGGGAGACAUUUACAUUGACUGUAAAGGACAGUUGAACAAUGUAAUUUCGGAUGUGUCUAAUUUCGCCUACAUGGGUUAUUCUGAGAACCAUUAGGCUGAGUCACUCUUUACCAACGCUUGUGGCACAUCAGCUGCAGUGGACCGCUACAUGGCACAUGUGGUUUAAAGCUGAGAGGCAAGAGGAUGAAUGGUACAUUUAUUUUUCUCACCAUGAGACUGAGGCUCUGUCGUUAAAAAAGAAAAGAAAAAAUGUGUCUGUGUGACUGUGAACAGCACACAGGCUUAUUGACUCAAUGGGACAAGGGCUGUCAGCAGCAACAUUUCAAUUAUUCUAAUUGUCUGAUAUUGCUGACCUGUAUGAGUGUGUGUGUGCGUGUGUGUGUGUGCGUGUUGACUUUAAUGGUUUUUUUCUGCAGAAGUGUGCCUCCUCUGGCUGCUAUGUACUAAAGAUCUACUGUAAUAUUAGUAAGAAUAGUGACCAGAUUUCCUGGUGCCGGCAUCACUUUGUGAAUGUUUCUACUUGAUGGACAGAUCAAUAGUACAUCAUUACUUUGAGAAAGUCUUAUUGAAUCAAAAGUCAGCGUUUAUCAGUGAUAUUGAGUUCAUGGCUUUUAAGUGAUCAUCCUCAAGGGACCAAAGAGCCUUAUAGGACACCAGCCUGACUCUGUGAUAUCUGGCUCUGUGUUGCUUUAAUGAAGUAUUACUUUAAAUUUGGUGUAUGUGACGGGACGCAAAGAUUGAAAACACUGUAUUAUUUAUUUCUAACUAUUUUGUGUUUUCUGUCUGUUACCUAUUUAUUGUUCAGCUACUGUGCUUUUAUUCUGAAAGUCAAGGAAGUCAAAUUGAUAUUGAGCGAGAACACUGUACAGAUUUGUAAUAUCUUGAAUAAGAGCAACAUUGAUUCAUGCCUUUGAGCUCGUGCUUUGUGCAGAUUGACCUUGAUCUGAGCUUGGGGUGUAUGCAUUUGUGUUGAAUUGAAGGAAGAUAAACUUUGAGUUAUGUGCAUAAUGCAGAACCUACAAUGCAACAUGUGUCAUUGUGUCAUGUAGUUAUAGUAAAAUGUUCAAUCAGAGAUACAAGCACAUUCAUGAAUGUACAAUUAAUCACGCAUACUACAGCAUGAAAAUCUCUCUUCAGCACUGUUGUCAAACUUUUCCUCAAAAAGAAAUCGAACAUGGAAAUGUCAAUAGCACCCGUAGUCAGUUUCAGUUGGAUGAUUUGCAGGCUUUGUGCAGGACAUUAAGGCUACAAUCCAUACCACACAGAGCUGCUUGGAGAUUCAAAUAACUGAUAACACAAAAUGAUGAAGAGUAAGAGCGCCGUGCAUUUAUACAACUGUUCCCUGCCCUCAUCCAAAAUGGUUAUUUUCUCUCCAGAAAUACAAACAGCUAUAGCAACACAAUUAUUACAAAAAUAGCCACAGAGACCAUGAAUUCAUGGCCAUUUCCAAUAAAUAUGAGUUGCAAUGCUGUUCAAACCUCCCAACCAUGGCUUUAUGUGGUGAGACUGCUGCUUUUGUUUCAUUUUAAAAGGUAUGAAUUAUGGCUUAAAGGUGACAGAUGCAGUAAUCUGCCUCUUGAUCAACAUCCUCUCCCCUGAAACCGCCUGUAUUGUCUCUUAUUGUGUUUGGAUCAAACUACAUGGUCUGAGCUUUACAAUCUUCUAUCCCCCAUCUGUCAUCAUCCCUCUCCAGUUUGGAAAUAAAGCUACUUGAAAAAGUCA